GUAUCGCACGCACUGUCACACAGACUUGUAAACGACGCGCGCGUGUACAACAAAUACUUGUAAAAUAUAUUGACACGUUGACUAAGGAACAUGACACAAAACAGGGUGCACUGGUAUAGUAAUGCUGUUUCUGGAUCCGAUCUCGUGUGAUUAACAAAGACAUGAUGAUGAUCCUCCUCGCGCUGCUGGCCGUUGCGUCGGCGGCGCGGAUCGAGAUCGAGGUGGCUGCGGAGUGCGCCUCGUGCGUCCUCUUCGACAAGAUCUGUUACAACGUCACGCACCUCCUCGACCUCCAGGCGCCUUUCAGAAACAAAAUCGUCAUACACAAAAUAGACUUGCUGAGAUACGAGAACCGAUUGUUCUACAGUUUCGAACCGACCAUCGACGACGAAGAGUAUUACAAAAUUGGUUUUGUUAACCUCGACGAUCAGAACAUCAGCGGAGUUAUUAAUGGAGUACCGAAGUUGGUUGUUAAUAUUGGUACUUUCGCCAUUGAUCAGGAGAACAGGCGGGUCUACUUAGGUGGAGAUGGUGGAAUAGUGUUGUUAGACGCGAAAACGAAUAUCGUGGUGCCGUACAGCAGCCUCGGGGAUGAUAUACGAAGCCUGUUCUACAAACACUACGUUUACUUCGUGAGGUUCGACGACCGAGGUGUGAUUGUCAAGAAAGGGGAUUAUUUCAAGACUUUACUGGAAUAUAUGCCGGUGAAGACCUUCGUAGUUAAUAAAAAUGAUGUGAUUGUUUUCCUGAAUAGCUACGGGUUGUAUGUGGGUAAGGAUGCCAUCACACACAGGUUGUCGAUAAAUGCGUUCUUCCGAGGACUUACCAUUGACUUGGAUGGUGAGGUGUACACUUGGUGGAUAGACGGUAUAUACAGAGUGGUAAUUGAUAAGAAUUUGUAUAGGUCUAAGAUAGUGAAAGUGGCACAUCUGACCUCCAUUGGGGCGAUGACGUUUGAUAAUGAAAAUAAUAUCAUAUUCACAAUGGAUAAGUCAGUUUAUAGGUUGACAGAAACUAAAUAUAAUUGUACGAUUAUUUGAAUGGUAUUGUUUGUUUUUAAUAUAUUGUUUUUUGUUUUAUUCUGUUUUAAUUAGCUAUUAUAUUUGUACCACAUUUAAGCAAUUUGAUGAUUUUAUGAGCAUUAAUAGUUAUGUUGAGUAAAGAUUUUA